AAGUGCAACGAACCAAGAAAUGGUUGACCAACAGACAUCCGCAUGCCAAAUGAGCUGAAGCUCCUCUGCACGCACUCUGUCAAGCAGAUGGAGGGCCGGAGCUGUUGUUGGGACGCCUGGGUCGAGGAGGCCCUGGCCAAGCUCCAUUCCCUCAAGCUCCUCCGCUCUCUCCGGCCCAUUCACGUCUCCGCCCCCGACCCCAGUAUUACCACUGCUGCCCCGACCCAGCAAACCGAUGAUCUUGAGGUGUUCGACGAAAUGCAGCCCCGGGACCGUCUUUCUGUAGAAGUCGACGUCGCCGUGCCCACUAUUCGUAGUUGGCUUCUCGAUAUUCCCAGCUGCGGAGAGGAAGCCAUAUGGGAAGAUGGAGCCGUCAGUCGUGAGAAAGCAGGGUGCAGUCAGCAUUUUAAAAAACUGAUUCUAUUUUCCGGCAAUGAUUAUUUGGGGCUGAGUUCGCACCCCACAGUUGGAAAAGCUGCUGCCAAGGCAGCCCAAGAACAUGGGAUGGGUCCAAGGGGCUCUGCUUUAGUCUGUGGAUAUACCAAUUACCACAGACGACUAGAAUUUAGCCUGGCAGAGUUAAAGAAGAAAGAGGAUUGUCUUCUCUGUCCAACAGGAUUUGCUGCAAAUAUGGCCGUGAUGGUAGCGAUUGGAAAUAUCAGUCGCCUCCUUUCUGCAGGCUCGCAGCCUUUGAAUGAGGAGAAAGUAGCCAUAUUUUCUGAUGCCCUCAAUCACGCAUCUAUCAUUGAUGGAAUUCAUCUUGCAGAAAAACAGCAUGGUGUGGAAGUCUUUGUAUACCGACAUUGUGACAUGUCUCACUUGGAUGAAAUGCUAUCCACUUGCUCAAUGAAGAAGAGAGUCGUUGUGACUGAUAGUUUGUUUAGCAUGGAUGGGGACUUUGCACCAAUGCUCGAGUUGGCAAGACUUCGAAAGAGACAUGGUUAUCUUUUAGUUAUUGAUGAUGCUCACGGAACAUUUGUUUGUGGCGAGAAUGGUGGUGGAGUAGCUGAAGCAUUCAACUGUGAAGGAGAUGUUGAUAUCUGUGUUGGAACUCUAAGCAAAGCUGCUGGUUGCCAUGGUGGAUUCGUCGCAUGCAGUAAAAGAUGGAAGCAACUGAUUUUGUCACGGGGUCGCUCUUUCAUAUACUCUACUGCCGCUCCUGUUCCCUUUGUUGCUGCUGCCCAUGCUGCAGUCAUCGUGGCUAGAAAAGAGACAUGGCGUAGAAGGGAGAUUUGGAAGAGGGUCAAAGAUUUUCAAAUUCUCACUGGAAUCCCUAUAGCCAGCCCUAUAAUCUCUUUGGUUGCAGGAACUGAAGAGAAGGCCCUUGAAGCUAGCCGGUUUGUCAAUUUGUCUUUUGGCACUUGUUGGGGUCGGGGUUUCACGUCACUGCAAUUAGACCGCCCACGGUUCCUCCCAACUCUUGCAGGUUACGCAUCACCCUCUCUGCAGUACACACAACAGAUGAUCUGAAGAAGCUCACAGAAGCACUUUCUUGUUGCAUCGACUUCCGAGAAGUUUUCGUACAUUUCACAAAUGGUCAUGCAGCUAGGUUGUAGAGUAGACCUUUCAUGAUCUGCUAGUCAAAUGUUCAGGGACCACCUUCCCAAAUCAAAUGCGAUUGAUUCAAGAACAGCAAGAAAAGCUGCUCAGCAAUUAUAACUGAUGGAAGAGACCUGUCCCUUUUUGCUUCUUCUGCUUUGUUCUACCAAUUGAACAAAAUUCGAGGGGAUUGAAAAUAUCUAUGUUCUAUUGCUUUAGCUUGCUAAAAUCUCGACUCAACUUGUUUAAUCAAAAUGGUGUUUCUGCAAAUUUUGAGUAAUUUUGCAA